CCCCAAUUCACAUUUAUUACCUUGUUCCUCGAUGAAGUGGUCGCGUUUUCAUUAUGGCGGAUGAACGCUCGGGCCUUCAUUGGGCCGUUUCUUCUGGAGACGAGGCAGCCGUACGUUUUUCCUUAGAGCACGGUAAUGAAAACGUGAAUCUAAAAGAUAACAAAGGUUGCACUCCUCUGCUGUUGGCCGAAUGCAUUAAAGAUGAGGACAGUUACGAGUCCAUCGUGAGAAUUCUUGUCGAAAACGGGGCAGAUGUAAAUGUCUGCAACAACACUCCCUUGUAUAGUGCUGUGUUUUACCAAAAGCAACACUUGGUCGAACUGUUGCUCCGAGCUGGAGCUGAUGUCCGUCAGAAUAAUUUACUGCAUAUUGCUGCCGAAAAAGGGAGCGAAGGAAUAUUAGGGCUGUUGCUCGGAGAUAAGAGAUGCACGGAAGAUGUAAUCAAUGGCCGAGAUAGAAAUGGGAGAACACCUGCCUUCGUGGCCGCACAACAUGACCGGGAAGGGUGUUUGAAGAUGUUAAUAGCUAAGGGUGCCGACUUAAGUCGUGCUAAUUUCAAUAAGGAGACAGUUAUGGAGAUUAUCUUCGAAAAUAUGACCAGGCCGGUGCAGUUUAUGAUGGACGCUCUGGAUUCGAGUGUUGUUCUCGAGAAGAUUAACGAGAAAAACCGAUAUUACGUCGAUUUCAAAGUACUGGCUCCGACGAAAUGCUCUAGACAAAUGGAUGUAAUUUCCAGCUUGCUUGUAGCUGCCAACGACGAAGAGAAGACAGAAGUUUUACAACACCCUCUUAUUGAACUCUACCUGACAUUGAAGUGGUCAAGGGUUUGCUAUUUCUUUUAUUUGUGGAUUGUUGCUUAUGUAGUUUUCGUACUUUCGAUGUCAAUCUACGUUACUUUUCUGACACAUGACUACUACAGAAUUGACGGAGCAAUGAUGGCUUCAAGAUGUAUAUUGAUUGUGAGCGCUUCGUGUCUCAUAGCUCAUGCCGUCUUACAGUGCUGCCUAACGCACGGCAACCAUUUCCGCAAGUACGAAUUGUGGCUCAACCUGGGCUGCACUUCUCUCUCUUUAAUUGUGGCAAUCGCAGAAAAUCCUGCAGAAAAUGCAACUAUUAUGCACGUUGCAGAUAGCACAUGGGUCUUGCACAUAGCCAGCAUCGCAAUCUUGAUGUCGUGGGCAGAACUGAUGUUGUUAAUUGGCAGACUUCCAACGUACGGAUAUUAUGCACUCAUGUUUUCGGCCGUGCUACAGAACGUUAUUAGGGUCCUGAUGGCUUUCUUAUGUCUGGUGGUGGGCUUUGCGUUAAGUUUUUCUAUUCAGUUUUCCAGCUGUAGUGAUUUCCGUGACCCUUGGCGUGCAUUAGUCAAAACGACUGUUAUGAUGAUGGGCGAAUUCGAAUAUGGCGAUUUGUUCGCCGAUAAAGUGGUCGGGCCGGCGGGGGCGACCUCGAGGGUGAUUUUCCUGAUGUUUAUCAUCUUGACCAGCAUCGUGCUGAUGAACUUGAUGGUGGGUCUGGCGGUAAGCGACAUCCAAUGCCUGUGCAGAGUGAGCCAUGCCAGGAAACUGGAAAAGCAGGCUGAUUUCCUAAGCCAGCUGGAAAAAGUGCUCACAUCGAAGAAAUUUAGAGGGAAGUAUGUGCCGGAGAUUGUAAAGAAAGUUCUUAAGCGGAACUGCAUCGACACUAGGUACGAACUGGAUGUGUCAACUAAGUUCAGGCGGUCCAAGAAACUUUCAUCCAAGCUUAUAGAUUCUCUGGUGGGGAUAGCCAAAUCUCAUAGAGGGAAAAAUGAUCAGGAGGGUUAAACUUUUAUUGAACACUCGUCUGGCAGUGUGGAUCGGAAAUGGAAUCAAAAUUUGAUGAGCCAUCUUUGUGAAUAUUUUAGUUUCCGAUCAUUAAAGUACUGUUUGAUAACCAAUAUCAGAAUAAAUUGUUUGCAUACUUCUC